AUGGACGAGAAUUUCGCCCACGUUAACGCGCGGCUCGACCGAGCAGACAAGGACAACCUAAGCCGAGGCGAAGAAAUACGCAGCUUAGCCGCACAAAUAAAUCUAAUAGCGGUAACGGAAGAUGACGCUACAUCAAUCACCAGUCAACCCGGUUAUCAAGCUGCUAAACAACGUACACCCGCCGCUAAACACGACUGCCCCGAGGAUGACGACCAAGGAUCAUCAGCUCCACCCGAAGAAAGAAUAUCGAGCCUCACCAGGAACCAACAAGCGACCGCACAACUGAAAGCCGCCGACGCCAUAAGAACAGUCGAAACCUUGCGAGGAAGAGACGACGUAGGUGUCGAAGAUUUCAUACUUUCGGUAAGAAAAGCCAGAGCCAGGUGUUUAGAACCUGAACUACUAUUAGAUUUGAUUCUGAUUGAAAAAAUAAUUGAACACGCCAAACGAAAUAUACGAUACAUAAGAAUCGACUCGUACGAAAAACUUUACGAGUGCCUCCGACAACACGUCUCUACACCCACCACCGUUGGAAACAGCCGAACGAAGUUACAAAGCAUUAGACAAGGCUCAACAGAGAGCGUUCAAUCCUACAAUAUGCGCUUCCGACAACAGCUCAAUGAACUUCUCUACGCCACCCAGAACGAGAAUAAAACGCCGAUGGAAAGGAAAAUCGCCAUCAGCAUAGAAGAAAGAGAAGCCGUGAGAACGUACAUAUUAAACCUACGUAGAGAAAUCGGACAAAUAGUGACAGCUUGCGAUCCAACAACGUUAUUACGUGCACAACAAUUAGCAGCCGACAAGGAACAAUGGCUGAGAGACGCGAACGGUGCCACCAAACGACCUCUGGCCAACAACAACCCACCACCGCGUCGGCCAGCAAUCCCAGUGACUCAGCAGCAAACAUCAAGCUUUAGACGACCAGAUAUGCAAACCCCACCACAUCUACGCACCGAACUCAAGUGUACCAAGUGUAACAGGUUGGGACACACCGCCGACAGGUGCUACGCACGAAAUUUUCCCUUGGGUCAGCAGGGCAAGAUACCGCCCAGACGUGUCAACAAGGUAGAGGAAGAACAAAGUCCGUUGGACGAGACGAAGGAAGACUGCCCCGAAUCAACUGUACCAGCGGAGGAUUACAGCACAUCCGAGCAAGAUUACGAGGAAUGGGAAACUACGGACGCUUACUCGUGGAUACAGGAGCAGGAAUAA